UAAAAGAGAUAAAGCUACUCGAGACGGAGGUUACACGGAGAGGGAAGGCAUCGACGAUCGAGAGAGACGGCGAGUAGAUAAAAUUAGAAAGAGAAGCUAGAAAAAUGGAGAGACGGCGAAAAGGGGAGAGAGUGAAAAUCGAAAAAGAACGAAAACGAACGGCAGAGUGUCGCGCAGCGAGAACAGAGAAGAAGAAGGCAGGCAAGAAGGAGAAACAUGGAAGCGGAGCAAAGAAAGAGAAGAGAGGGAGAUAUAGAGAGGCCAGGCAACGCGACGAGAAGCACCGAGUGAUCGAAGGAGGAACGAAGCGAGGCUUUGGUGGGACGUCGCGAGAAACGAGGAGUAAAGAGAGCGAUAAAGAAAGAAGGGACGAGUGGUGGUGUAUCGAGAAAGAGAAGGAGGGAAUAGUAGGGGAUUCGGUCGGUCGGCAGGCUUGGCUGGUGCGUCAGUCAGGCUCGAGACACCCGCGAGAACGGAGCGGUGGUUGCCUCCCUUAUUCGGUACGUACAUUCAAUGUGUCCCCUCCAUCACCCCCUGCCUACCUAACAGGAGUCUCGUCUAUCGAGGCAGUGUCGCGCAGAGUGUCGUACGAGGAGUAUAUUGGUCCGCCUGUUCGCUUCCCUUAUUCGCAGACCGGUGUUUCGUAUUUUCUAUUCGCAACCCCCCACCCCCGCCGUGUUUCGAUUUGUGCCGCGUUCGAACGAAAUUCAUCGGUGGAGCUACGUACCAGAGAGACCGGCCAACGAUCGAAGCAGCGUGAAAGGAAAGCAGGAGUUGCCGCAGGAAGGAAUCGGAGGAGUUUCUGCCGACAAGACCGGGCAAGAAUCCCCUAGAAAGAACCGAAGACAGUGGCGGAUACGCUACGCUAGCGGUCGAGUGUCCACGGUGCGACUGUCCGACGAUCAAAGCGCACCAUAAUGGCGGAGGUGGCGACGAAGAAGUCGAUCAAUGUCUUGGAUAACCUAACCGCGAGUAACAAGCAACUAAUCUCGUUGUGUGACAACAACGACGACGAGGACGACCUAAUUCUGACUAACAACACGCGUAACGAGUUGGACACCGACGACAAGAGUCUUCAGGAAUUAAUCGAGAGCGAGCUAGCCUUGAGAAUUUGCUCCAGCACCGAAGAGGAGGCCGGUAUCGAGUCGGACGAGCAACAAGAAACGAUGAACGAGCCAGAAGCGGUCAAGAGGAUCGUCUUGGAUAUACAUCAGGAGGAAGACGUCCUCGACGUAAACGCGAAAUUCAUCGUGGCGGAAACGGAACAUUCCGAGUUGAUGGACAAGUCGUACAGUUAUCAAAAUGGACACAUGUCGCCGGAGACGAAAAUCUCGAAUUCUUCGUACGAGGAGAACGUGAAGCCAGAACCGAUCACAGGUUUUCGGGACGAGGAGGAGGAGGAGGAGGAUCAGGUGGAGGAGGAACAGGCGUUCAACGAGCAGUCGGAAGUUGGCAGCACGAUAUUGGUCGAAGAAACAACGACUCGUGAGAUCGAUCAGCUGGCGCGUGACACGUCCAACGAUGGCAAAUUCCCACAGAACGAAGACGACGAAGACCCGCGUCCAAAUUAUCCCGUCCUUCGACCCACGGAGGCCACCGAGAGGCUAUCGGAAGUGACGACUACGACCCAGGAAUCGUUCGAGUCAUCUUACGAAUACGAGCAGGACCAGGUAAUCACAAUCGUGUCUACGAGUUACGUGGACAAGUACCAACAAGAGCAAGAGGUUCAGGGCAUGAUCUUCGAAUAUACGGAAGCAGAUAUCGUGAAAGACGCUGUAACGAUGGAAGAGAGCUGUUCGCGGAACAGAGACGCGAUAGACACGUGGUCAGAGCAGACGAUCGAUACGGAGGAUCGACAAACUGGUCAGUUUUCUGAUAAAUUCGAUCAGUCCUUAUGUCAGGAGGACGUAGAGCCUCGUACCACCGAAGAAUUCGCCAAAGAAACCGUACUGGAGAGUAAGAAACUAGCUGAUACUUUCGAGCUUGUACACACUGAGCGUGACAAGGAAAGGGAGGCGGUGGAAGAGUUCUCAGUGGACGAGGAGUCGAAGGUAUCGACGAACGAUAAAUCUUCUUCCUCGAUGGAGGAGAAAAUUCCCGAAGAUGUCGAGGAACUAUCCGUUCCAGGGAAGCCGAUCGAGGAAUCGGAAGAAGAGGCCCGAGGCACGCCGACGAUGCAGUUCAGAAGCUUCGACGACGUAACAUUGAGUCACUCGGAAAGCUCGGCAGAUGCAGCUAGUACUCAGGAGUUCCUGGACACGGAACGUCGAGUGCUAAGCGAAGAAAAUUGCGACCAAUAUCUUCCAGAAGAUAUUCAGGCUCGCGAGACCCUGUCGAUUGAAAAGAUCGAUCCUCCGAUUGGGAAUUUGCUAGAGGAGGAGGAGGAGGAGGAGGAGGAGGGGCGAAUUAAGGAAGAAGAAACGAAAGAGGAAACAAACGAUAACAUGGACGAACAAAACGCGAUAACGGAAUCGUCCAGCGAACUGUCCGUAUCGGAGCCCACUUUCAUCGAGAAAACAGAAGUGGUGAUAUCCGAAAGCAGCGUGAAGAUAGUCUCCGAGACGCAGUGCCUCGAGAUCGACAACGACGCGGAACCAGUCAACGAGGAACAACUUCGGAACCACGAGCUCGAGUCACCGGCUCGCGCACCUCUUGCAACCCCCGACGACGAGACCAGCGACGUUUCUAACGUGGGUGACAGCGAAAGCCGAGAGGAAACGAUAACAACGAGCACGAGCGUGGUGACCUCGCCGGGCACGAAGGUUGGCACCAAGACGAAGAAGAAGAAGAUCGAGGGCGUCGCCGGUAACGAUGCCUCGCCGAAUCUCACUCCUCGCACAAAGAAGACCAAAAAGAGCAAGAAGAACGAGCUUGAAAAGGAGAACAUCUCUGUGAAUUCUAACUUGCAAGAGCCGAGCAUGCACCCCGGUCCCCGGCAGACGAAUCCGGAAACCCUUGAUUUCUCCGACGAAGACGAUCUAUCGAACGUGAACGUGAAAUCUCUGACACAGAAUUAUGUAUCGGAGGCGACUCGAAACGAGCAAGAUCGAUGUACGAAGGAAAAGAUCGCGACUGGCGUGUCGAUCAAACAGUUGUGUCGUAGCUUUGGCGACAUCUCGAACAUGAGCGACGGCGAUCAGACUGCGUACGGGAAAACCAAUCACGCCAUGGACACCGAAGAGAAAGCAAGGUCGCUGGGUGAUCUGCGAGUAUGCGAGAAGGGUUACUCGAAGUUCACCAAAGACGCGCUAGUCUUCACCGGGGUGUCGGUCAAGGCCCUCAGGGCUUCCUACUGUAGUUUGGCAAACUUAACGAGCGAGGGUAAGGACACGGAUCGACCGAAGCUCGAGAAGUCGAGCUUCAAUAAAUUCGACGCCCUCAGCAAGAAGACGGUGCUGCAUGUGCGUUCGAUCGACGCGGGCAAAGUGCAACAGCAGCUGAACGCCCAGGUGGGUCAAAACGGCGACACGAAUCCCAAUUGCCGUAGCUGCGGCAAGGUCGUCUUCCAAAUGGAACAGACAAAGGCCGAGGGUCUAGUUUGGCACAAGAAUUGCUUCCGGUGCGUGCAGUGUAGCAAGCAGCUUAACGUGGACAAUUACGAGAGCCACGAGAGCACGCUUUACUGUAAGCCACACUUCAAGGAACUCUUCCAACCGAAACCGGUUGAAGAGUCCGACGAGCCUGUGCGACCUCGAAAGCCGGAGCUGAUCAUACGGGAGAACGAGCCGAAAGAGCUGCCGCCUGAUGUGGUCAGAGCCUCAGACAAACCGGACCUGGGUCUCGAGGAGUUGUCGAGCCUGAACGUGAAGUCCCGGUUUCAAGUGUUCGAGAAGGCCGGUACGGAGACCAACGAGAUCGAAAGGUCGCCGUCGCAGAUCGCUGUCAAGAGGUCUCCCAGUAUCUUAAGCAAGCUCGCCAAAUUUCAAGCCAAGGGCAUGGAUAUCGGAGUAGCGGACGAAUCUCUGAAUGGGAUCCCUUACGAAGAGUCGAGCGAGAGCGAGGAGGAAGAAGAAGCGGAGGAAACGGAGGAGCUGGACAGCGAGAUCGUGAAGGCGAAACGCGCGACCCGCGAGCGUCCGAUCAGCUUCACAAAAAUGGACGACAUAAAGAAUCGCUGGGAGACGACCAGUCAGCAAGGGAGACGCGAAGUUCAACGAGAGGCGAGGAAGGAGGAGAUCGCUGGAAUUCGUUCGAGAUUGUUCAUGGGCAAACAGGGUAAAAUGAAGGAGAUGUAUCAGCAAGCGGUAGCCGGAAGCGAACGCGUGACGAAGAUCAAUGCGGCCGAAGAGAUCCAACACUCGACCCACGCUCGUUCCAUCAAAGAACGAUUCGAACGAGGCGAGCCCAUCGCUGCGUCCGACGACGAGACGGACAGCAAACCGAAACCGGAGAAGGCUGACGAGGAAGUGAUCGCAGCAGGGAUCAGCAGGAAGUCUCGGUCGCUGUUCCUCGAACUGGACGCCACGGCGGCGAAGACUGGGCGACCGGUGACUCCGGUGAAUCCGAAGACACCGGCCGAAGCCCCACGACGUGCCAGAGACGCAUUCAUGGGACGACAAGUCUCGGAUGACGUGGUGCGCAGCUCAGACGCCACUGAAGAAGUUCAGGUGGAGACCUCGGACAUUUCGAAUAAAUUCAAAUUUUUCGAGUCCUACAAGGAGCCGGAAAAACAACGCAAGCAGUUCCGAAUUACCCCUCCGCGCGAUGGUCAAGUUAAGAUGGACUCCCCGGAACGUGAGAUCUAUCGUGACCCGGACGUAGUCAGAGCUGAAGACAGGGUGAACGAAGUGGUGCACACGGACACCGCCAGAAAGAUGCUGUCGAUCUUCCGGCAAAUGGAAGAGAACGCGUGCAAAAAAGAGCUUCCAAAUGGACCCAAACCUUUGAAGCGUUUCACACCACCACCAGAGGACAAAUACGCAAAACCAACAGCCUCAGACUCCGAAGAGGUAGAGGACGAAGAUGGCGACGAGUCCGAAGGCGAAGACAGCACCGAGGAAAGGGAUCCAAACUACGUACGAGCUUCCGACAAGGUAGAAGACGAGUUUCUGAAGCAAGCGCAGAACGCAGCCCGCGCAAAAACCUUGUGCGCGAAAUUCGAGCACUGGGAGGAAACAGACGGAAAGACGACGUCGAGUAAUCAACAUAUCGCAGAGAUGGAAAUUGCUCAAAACACCACCGGAGAACAGCAGAGCAUAGAGUCUGCCAGCAGUCUGAGAGCCCGUUUCGAGUCGCUCGGCUCGCAAACGAACGAGUCGCCGCGCACACCGAAGGUCAAAGUCAAUCGAUUCGUGUAAAUGGUGGAGCGGAAAUGGAGGAUCGAUACGGCCCAAGAGGAUGGACCGAGGAGCCUGAGAAAAAUGGAGCGAAUAGAAUUAAAGGAUACGCGAAACAAGCACACGAUUACACACACAAUGUGGAUCACGAAUUCGUAGAAAUCUUGCGCUGCAAUGGAAAAAUGAAAGUCGACAGCUUCGUUGUUCGGAUCAUUGUGCAGUUUUUACGUUUUUUUAGAAGUCUUUUUCUAACAAAGCGUUCUGUUAGUGAAUCUAGCGUAGAUUGUAUCAUAUUGUAUCGUAUUAUCGCGAGGGGCAACGAACGAAAGAUAUCGAACACGUCGAGCACACCGCGUGCGUUAAAAGAAAAACCUAGGCCUGGCGAAGUAAUUUAAGCGGAUCAAUCGAUGGAAUUGAAACUCGUAAUUAUUUUAAGCGUCGCCUGUGUUCCGUAGUUACCUGUGCGCUCUGAUCCAUGUGCUCGACGUGUCCAUGAAAUACUUCACGAUCGUUUUAACGCUCUCGCUAACUCGUUUCCCCGCCGCAUGAACGUGUCGUUGUCGCUCGAUUACCAAGUGGCAUUCUUCCAGUCAACCUUUUACACGAAACGAUAUACUUUUCGACGGAUAUACGAAAGUUUGUACGACAGAAAUAUGUACGUGGCCGGUGAUAUACUAUCUUCGAUGCAGGUAGAAGCGAAAACAAUAGCAACGAAACAUUUAUAUAUUUCGUAUCGCGUGCCAAACGGAAGUUCGAAUUGCAUCGUUAGAUCAGUUGUUGCUAGUUCAUUUUUAAACGAAUGAUCGAAGCCUAGUAUUUAUUGAUCUUACAAGGAAACGAUAAGUAUCGAUUUUAGCCGCUAAUUUCUCAUUAAUUUUGCACUUUGCUGAUGUUCAUGUACCGUUGUGAGUAAUAGCCUACGUAUCGUAUGGAACUGUAUCGUUUGUUCGAUAAGCAAGUAAUUUACAUUGUUUCGACGUUGUUUUAGGAAAUCACGAAAGGGUGCCAAAUUUAUUCAAACGACGGCUAUUUCUAUCUUGUCUGCCUGCAUCGUUUAGAUUUUCCACGCUUAACCGACAUUCUCAUUUUUUGCGAGUGCCAAGAGAAAAUCAGAAACGAUAGAAUAAGAAAGUCGAAGACCUUAAGAAAGAGGGCCUUUGAGAAUUGUAACGAACACUUUUCAUGGCAUUUUGGGAAAGAUAUCUGUGCCGUUUCAUCGCGUGUACUGUAUCAGUGCGAUCUAAGUUUCGAAUGAAACGCGGUAAGCAGCCAAUUCGCAACAGGAAACCUGAAAAUACAAAUUCCAAGCAUCGAAUCAAGAAAUUAAGAUUGCACAGUAGAAUCAAGAUCCGAGCUAGACUUAUUUAGGAUCUACGAGCUUUUCGACUGCUUUACAGAGUUUCGAGUCUUUUUACAGCAUGUCGCGCGGUAGAUUGUCAUCGCUAUCUACCGAUAGAAAUGAUCAGAGAACGAAAAAACUAAUCAUCAACUCAUCGUUGCCUGGAACUCGACGGAUCUUCUCACCGAUACGUCCCAAAAAAUCGUAAUAUCGUUUUUACAAAGAUAAAUCUACAUUAUAUAUAUCAUUUGUACGUAUUUAUGCGACAAAAGUUUAGUAUAAUACGAUCAGCUGCCUGCGAGUCCUUUUGCAUAACCGAACCAACGUUAUUCUUACAAUAUGUCGAGCUGUAAGUAAUAUAUUUCCAAUAUGAAUAAAUUUUCUUGAAUCGAUGACGUUUAAUACACGAAAUAUUACAAGUGAAUUUCGCUAGUUAGAAAUCAUCCGAUUAUCACAAAAUAGUCAAAUCGUAAAAAACAAAUCCACGGUCUACGACUCUCUUCUCUGUCCAUCGAUGCUAUUGGUUAAUAAAAAAGUAUUGUGCAAAGGGACUCUAAUAAUCGAACGCUUGCAUUCAAAGGGUUCACGUACUAUUGUGAAGGUUCCAAAAUUGGUGAAGAAUUUUCCAGAUUUUCCAGUGCAACGAGAGAGUCUGAAAAAUCGAACGUCAGAGCUUCGUAUCGUACGAUACAGCCAGUGAAUUGAACGUACGAAAAUCUUCGUUCCUUACGUAAGAGAUAAACCGACCUCGAGUUUCAUACGAACGUUAUCGAAUAGGCUUUUUAUAUAAUUUUUAUAUUGUUCGGUCGAUGAACGAUACUAGGGAGCCUCGUCGUAGCCGUUAGGGUUGGGGUCUUCUACGAUGGCAUUACACGACGAAGCUAAAAAAGAAAGAGAAGAAAGAAAAAGAAAGAAAGAAGGAUAGAGAGGGCAAAUAUUAAUUCCUUCACCAUUGUCAACGCGGACGCACAGUGCGCAUUCAUAUACGUAUACAUAUAAAUAUAUAUAUGUUUAUCAUAGAAGAACGACGUGUAUCGAAUCCCCCAUGAUCUAUUUAGACGAGCGCCCUUCCAUUCAGACGGAGAAAGGGAACAGCCCCUGAAAUUGAUUUCGAUCGCGUUGGAAACGGGACGUUGGCACAUGGCGUUUCAUUCGUCGAUAUUCUAAUGGUAUUCUCCGGAUGAAAUUGCGUUAAGUUAGGCUGUUAACCAGGCUAGUAUUCUUUGACCAGUAAGUCGUAUAAUUAAACGUUAACAAAUACGAAUCAAUUGCAAUUGGAUCGGUUUUAAUCUUUGCACAAAUGUAAAUAUUGUAUAAUUUAUUUUUAACAAAAACGAAGCAACAAGUGAAAACGUAAGAGCCUUCUAGGCAAAGAAAUUAUUACGUCCGAAAGAUUGUUGCUUCAAACGACGAAUUAAUUCGUCUUCCUUGGUUAACAGGUUAUCGAUCUCGGUAGACUGGCGAGAGAUAAUGGUGGAAAUAGAGCUUAAUUUUCUAAUUCUUGGUUCGCGCGUACGCCACAGGAAUUGCAACGAGAGAGAAUGAAAGCGCGAGAGAGAAUGCGAGAGAGAAAACGGUGAAUUAACAGUGAAAACGAAUCGAAGUACAAUUUCGGGGUUCUCUCGAAACCUAUUCCUUUUUCUUCCUACGUCAAUCAGAGGAUGUCGAAGGAGGUGCAAUGUUUUAGAGGCAUUAGCGAACUUUUUUUUAAUCAAAAACAAACUUAAGUAUUAUAAUAGAGAGAACAAGAUCGAAAAGGUAUAUAUAUUCUCUACGCGACUUGGUAUCUCCUAUCCUUCGUUGAUGAUAUAUCGAUCGAGGGAUUCUCUUAAUCGACGAUGAAAUUUAAGUGCAAUAAUUUUAAAGGUUGUCGAGAACGAAAAUACGCGAUUGUUUGUUGUUAAUCGGCGAGAGAAAUAUUUAUGUAAGCAAUUAGUUAAUCGAUCGAUCGCUUAAUUCUUUCACGGCCUACUAUGCGAUGAUUUUCACGUGUAGACUUUCGUUGCGUCUUUGGAUUGUAUAAUUUUUAGCGAGGUAUCAUAUUCUUGUUCUUUACCUUUCACGUGUAACAAUUUAUUACGACCAUAUUACAAAUGAUAAAUAAAAAAGGCACAUCCUGAAAUGAAAA